AUGACUCCCGCCAUUACUUCCCUUCCCCUUCUGCUUCUCAAGUCCCCACUCAUUAAGCCUACGCUUGCGUCGUCUAUCCUUCGCGCCCUCUGCCCCCAUACUGGGAGCGGUCCAUUCGAAGCCCGCAGGGGCACGCGCGUCGUACGGCUCACGAGUGCGCGGCGCAACGUGUAUACCUACGAGAGUGAAGUUGCCAAGAACGGCGGUCUGGGGAGUAUCCAGAAGCGCCUCGGUCUUCCGACCGGCGCGGUCCCGGCGACACCCUCUGCGGAGGCAAACGAGGUGAAGGAUACUAACGUGAACGUGCGUCGACUGAAGCGCCGGCGAAUGUACAUGCUUGCUCACCUUGUCUUUCAAUCCAGCUAUCUCUCCCUAGCGGGAAGCGCGUCGCCAUACGGCGACUACAUGGGCGGUCCGCCGCUGUCGAGUACGCCAUCGUUGACGACGAGCGAGGGGGAUGAUGAUCAGUUUAAGUCUCUCACGGAUCUCGAGCCGCUCGCUUUCGACGAGGAAGGCGUACAAGACAAGCUCAAGUUCGACCUGGGUGAGAGUCUGAGGAGUGGACGAUGGCUCGACGAGGGCUUUAGGUUCCCUCUCGACAAUCCUUUGAGAGUGGGCGCGUCUGCGCAUCCUCUGAACGAGAAGGAGAUUAAGGAGCGACACGCGGAGCCGUCGAAGAUGAUGAUUCAGAGGGAGAAGGGGAAUGCUCGCAUGGUCUUAUGGGGAGACAGCACCGUUCUUAUGUCUCUCUCGGUUGCUCCCGCGUUCGGGACCCGGACGUUCUGA